AUGGAAGGUCUUUGUAUCUCUCCGAAGUUUAUCCCUUCUUUUCUGUCGGUUUUUACUUUCUUCCUCGCCGGCCGUCUUCCUCAUACGGUUCUGUACCACAACUUCUUUCGAGCAGUUGAGUUACGUAUCGUUCAUACAAUUCUUAGGUACGCUAAGGCUCUCUUUGUUUCUCACUCUUCAACCAAUACGGUUUCUUACAAUACAAUUCUUUCGCUUCUACUGCAGCACCGUGAUGGAUUAAAUAUCACCUCCAAACAUGGGGGGGGGGUGGGGAUACAAGUAUGCGACAAGGACCUGGGGGGGGGGGGGACAGCAUGA